UAAAUAACCAGCGCGACACUAAAAAUUUGCUUGUAGGUCACCUUGUUUGUUCAAACACACCAAGCUAUUUUCCAGAGGAAGCCUACGCAGAACUGUUGGGCGAAUCUUUAGUCACGCACUUCCUGGUUUGUUCCCAAGAACAAAUUGGUCAGUUGUUGUGGGGGGGAAAUUAUGGAGGGGGAUCAGGAAACAAGUGUGGCUGCAUCUUCAGUGGCUCCCAAGAAGAAGAAGAAUGGGUCCUUUCGAUCCAUUUUCAUGCACGCCGAUAUGUUAGAUUGGUUCCUCAUGGUCCUUGGCCUUGUUGGGUCCCUCGGCGACGGUUUCACCACUCCUCUCGUCCUUCUCAUCAGUAGCCGCUUGAUGAACAAUAUAGGCUCUGGUCCUACCAUCGAUCCGAAUGCUUUUACAAAUUCCAUUAAUAAGAAUGCGGUGGCCCUGCUAUAUUUGGCUGCUGGCUCAUUCCUCACUUGCUUCCUCGAGGGGUAUUGCUGGACCAGAACAGGGGAAAGGCAAGCUGCCAGAAUGAGAGCUAGGUAUUUGAAAGCGGUGCUCAGACAGGAUGUUGCUUACUUUGAUCUGCACGUGACGAGCACGUCGGAGGUGAUCACCAGCGUCUCCAACGACAGCCUUGUAAUUCAAGAUGCUAUUGCUGAGAAGGUGCCAAACUUCUUGAUGAACGUGUUUAUGUUCAUCGGGAGCUACGUAGCGGCUUUCGCGAUGUUAUGGAGGCUGGCUAUUGUGGGGUUCCCAUUCGUGGUGCUGCUCGUGAUCCCUGGUUUACUCUACGGAAGGACUCUAAUGGGGUUGGCGAGGAAGAUCAGAGAGGAGUAUAAUCACGCCGGUACAGUAGCCGAGCAGGCGAUAUCUUCCAUAAGAACUGUGUAUUCCUUCGUGGGAGAAAGCAAGACCAUAGCUGCUUUCUCUGAAGCUUUACAAGGAUCUGUUAAAUUGGGGCUCAAGCAGGGCUUAGCUAAGGGCUUAGCCAUCGGAAGCAACGGCAUCGUCUUCGCCAUCUGGUCCUUCAUGUCUUUUUACGGCAGCACCCUCGUCAUGUACCACGGCGCUCAAGGCGGUACCGUUUUCGCUGUCGGAGCUGCCAUUGCCGUUGGUGGCCUGUCACCAAUGACAUGGUUCAGUGAAGCUCUAUUAUUGACCUGGUUUACUUUAAUGAGAUGGGGAAGGAGUCCUAAAAGAUGUAUGAGAAAAUGAUUAACUAAUCAUUCUUUCUUUCUAGGGAAAAACAGAUGUUGAAGAUUUGUGUGUGAUGAACUCACACCAUUCACUAAUGCAAUGAUAUUUUGUUGGGUUUGGUUUUG